CCAGAGGGUUAGCAUGGCGCCUAAUCUUUACUACUCCUUUAACGCAGGACUGAUGGACAUGUAUCCACCUCGAGUGGAUCAUGACCACUUCUCCUUGGCGCAGAAGUGGCCAGUGAUGCUCUUGCUUGUGGCCUCCGCUGUGCUGGUGGCCGUCGUCGUUCUUCUUGUCUGGGGUAUGACCAAGAUGCAGCCGCAGACUCCGGAAGAAAGAAUCCAGGAACUGCCCUGCGGCGCGCCCUCGGCAAGGACACCACUCUUGGUCUCCCAAGGAAAGGGUCUGCGGUACAUGCAGCAGUCCUGUGACUCCCUCACAGCCGGGGAAAUGCUCGUCAAUGCCGACUUGGAAUGGGAUUCAUUCAUUAUGCAGGAUUAGGUCAAGCACAUAAAAAAUUACAUGCUAAAAUAAAUCGAAACACACAAAGCGCUUGCCUUUUAUCUUAGUUUACAGCCACCUAUAAAUU